AUGUCAGACCGCCUCAUCACCCAAGCCAACUCAAGACUUACCAAGGCCAACCUUGUCAGCCUGCUAGCCAGGGAGGAGGCCUGGUCCUCGCUGGACUUGGAAGUCAAACGCGAGCUGUAUCGAAUGCUCCCAAUACCCCUGAAUGGCACCAACCCUAAUCCCGAUCCUGACGUGCACCCGCUCAAGACAAGCUUUGCGAAGUACAUCAAGCACUUCAUCUACGAGUGGGAGCAGGACCUUGCUGCCGGACGCAACACUGCAAAGUGGCAGAGAGAAGCCAAGCAAGCCGCAGGAGAGCGUAUGUCAGGGGCAUAUGACGGCUGGAAGGAGAAGGAGCGUGAAGAGCACUGGGGUCAGAAGUACGAUCCAGACCAUUUCAAGAGGGUUUAG